UUGACAAUUGUUUUACUUUUGCCCUUUCAGCAUAACGUGCUUAGUUGAGGGUGGGACGAUCGUACCUGGUUCGCAAUGGCGAAUGGGGAUCUCGAUCCAGUUUUUGUUAAGGCGCUCAGGCUACUUUUUUCUCAGGCCAAAGAUUCUGGGAUUCAACUGAGGGCGAUGGUCGAGGAAGCCGUUCGACAGAGACAAGCUGGGAGAUCCAGACCAGAAGAAGGAAUAAGGUCGGGAAGUUUCAGCUCCAGCAAAGUAAGUGUUCCUUCUGCAUCUGCAGCAACUUAUGGACUGAAAUAUGACUCGGGAAAGAAAGAAUCCGAGAAGAGGUCCUUUGAGAAGUUGAAGGAGGACCUCACCGAAGGGUCCAAAGACGUCCUGUCGAAGCGUCCUCGCCUGGACUCGCCCAAGCAGGGACUGUCGCACAGUCCCUCGCCGAGCGCCUCGAGCAGGGACUCCGACAGCCCCAGCAAGAAGUCGGAAGAUUCCGAAUCGGGCGACGGACUCGAGAUCGAGACCAUGGGGAUGGUCAUGGGACUCGUGUGUGUCGUCUGCAAGAGCCUGGAGGUGACGACACACAACCGUUUGAUCGAAUGCCAGGAAUGUCAUCAACUAUAUCACCAGGAAUGCCAUCGUCCUCCUGUUUCCGACGAAGACGCGAACGAUCCCAGGGGGAUCUGGUACUGUGCUGCUUGUGGUCGGAACAUUAAGGUGACAUCUUCCAUGAAGUCUAAGCCUCAGGAUGCCAGACCAUCUGGAUCAAAGCCAUCAUUUUCAGCAAAUAGGUUGAUCAGUACAUCCGGCCCAUCGAAGCUCACACCAGCAUUGUCAUCGUCUUCGUCAUUUCUGAAAGCCACAAAAUCUGCCUCGCCAUCAAAGAGUUCUGGGUUAGGAGGGUUGAGCAAGCCAUCUCCUUUUGCUAAUCUUUCUUCUGUGAAGACUAUAUCCAGUGUGAGCAGCAAAACAUUAUUGGCUCCUAAACCCGGUCUCCCGUCCUCAUCCAACUCCUUGCUGACUGCUGAGAAGCGAAUGCAAAUAAUGAAGAAGAAGGCAGCAGCCAAACUCCAAGGGAAACCACCACGUCUCAAGUGAUUCACUUUUAUUGAUUGGUAUUCUUGUUGGAACAGAGUUUAAGCUAGC